UCUGCAGCCGAGCCAUGCAUGCAGUCCGAUCUCUCUAUGGGAGGAGGCACUACUGGCCACAUUUUUUUCUGUAUUUUUUUUCUCUUUACAUUCCUGCUUACGUUUGGUUGUCUCGGCUAAUUUCCGCAUUCCCAAAUCCUUUCAGAUUUGGAUUACUUUGAAACGGGCUGAUGCAACGAUUUCCACUUUUUAAAAUCUAUUCCAGACCAUCGGCCGACCAUAAGAGAGGACAUUUUUCGCACCUGGGAUCAAAGUCAGCUGUGGUUAAGACCGAGGCUGACACGAUGCCAGGUCAGAUCCCAGACCCCUCUGUGACGGCGGGCUCCCUGCCGAGCCUGGGGUCCCUGGCGGGACUCUCGGCCACCACGCUGACAGACCAGCUCCGCUUCGGUGACCUGCAGGACUUUGGGACCAUGCUUUCCCCGCUGCACUUCCUCGACAAGCUGGGGAAGGGGACGCUCUCCAUAAAGGCCGAGAGGGACGACGAGGUGGACCGUCGAAAACGACGGCGAGAGAAAAACAAAAUGGCUGCAGCGCGAUGUCGAAACAAAAAAAAGGAGAGGACAGAUUAUCUACAAAUGGAGUCGGAGCGGUUGGAGAUGAUGAACUCUGACCUCAAGUCUCAGAUCGAGGAGCUGAAACACGAGCGGCAGCAGCUGAUCCUCAUGCUGAACCGACACCGGCCCACCUGCAUUGUCAGGACCGACAGCGUGAAGACACCCGAGGGUGAGGGGAAUCCGCUCCUGGAGCAGCUGGGAGCCGAGUGAGGCUCCAGGGGGCCGAGUGAGGCUCCAGGGGGCGAGUGAGGCUCCAGGGGCCAAAUUAGGUUCCUUGGGGCAAAGUGAGGCACCUGCAGGCAACCUCCAGGAGGCGGUGGGCGACUACAUGCACACGUGGCGAAGGGUAAACAUGCAAUGCGUUCCCCGCCACCAUCACAGAGCUCUUAAACCCUGAUGUCAAUCAAUCAAGUCAGACACUUGAAACUCUCCCUCUCUAUCUCGAUCCAACUCUCGAUCUCUCUCUUUUCUCUCUGCCGCAGAACAGGAGUAUUUGCAAUAAUUUUAUGCAAACCGCAUAUUAGCCGAGAGAGAGAGAGAGAGAGAGAGAGAGAGAGAGAGAGAGAGAGAGAGAGAGAGAGAGAGAGAGAGAGAGAGAGAGAGAGAGAGAGAGAGAGAGAGAGAGAGAGAGAGAGAGAGAGAGAGAGAGAGAGAGAUACAUUAGGUCAUAGGUCACAUCACAUUUCCUGGUAGAGAUAAUCACACGAUUAUUGUUAAGCAUUUGAUUGUUGAAAUGUUUUUUUUGUUGUGGUCAUCAUUAUUGUUUUGGACGCAGGCGUCACAUAUGCACAUAUAUAUGUUUAUUUACAGACUGUUGUACUUGUAAUUACUUUGACUACAUUGAUAUAUUCUGUUAUUCAGUUUUUUAUACUUUUGUAUUUUGUCAUGUAGGCUAAACAUUUAAGCAGUCACACAUUGUGGUGUUUUGUAUUUCUACAAGAAAUAAAUGUAUAGGGUUCUUUAUAUU